GCCUGUUGAAUGGAGGACUUGGAGGAAGGACCGGCCAUGUUCGGCCCAGAAGAGUACUUCGUGGUGGCUUUGAUGAUGCUGCUGUCUCUUGUCAUCGGAGUGUAUUUUACCUUCUGGUCUCGCCAAGACUCCUACAGCGAGUACAUGCUGGGCGGCAGGAAGAUGGGAGUGUUCCCUGUCACUAUGUCACUAGUAGCCAGUAACAUCUCAGGUAUAGCCCUAGUCGGUAACCCAGCAGAGGUCUACUCCUACGGCACCCUCUACAGUGUGGUGAUGCUGUCGGAUAUGGUGGUUCCUAUAAUAAAUAUCGCCAUGUUCCUGCCUGUCUUCUACAACUUGCAGCUCAACACGCUUUAUGAGUAUUUAGAACUGAGAUUCAAUCAUGAUACCAGAGUACUUGGAUCCCUCAUUUUUACGAUUUCUCAGAUAGUGUACAUGCCUGCAAUAAUUUACGUGCCAUCUUUAGUUUUCAACCAAGUUUCAGGUCUGUCAGUCCUUGUUGUGCAGCUUUUCUAAUCUGUGCAGUGUGCAUCUUCUACACAACAUUUGGUGGGCUGAAAGCGGUGCUGUGGACAGACGCUCUCCAGAAUCUAUUCUCGCUCGCUGCCAUCCUCUUUAUCGCCUACCUGGGAAUCGACCGUCUAGGUGGUUUAGCCAACAUCUUCGCCAUAAACAAAGAGGGUGGACG